AUGGCGGACAUGGAAGAGCCACAGAACAAUCUCUGCGUAAGAUUUUUAAAGAAAUGUCUUCGCUUCCUGAUAUCUCAUGUCGGGUUGACCAGUUUGAUCGUGGGUUACACUCUCCUCGGGGCUGUCAUAUUCCAACACCUCGAACAGCCUCUGGAAAAGCGGGUAAGGCAAAAGGUGGCAGAUUGGCGGAUGAUUCACGCUCAGAACCUCUGGGCGCCCACCAAAGAAUGGAACGUCAUGUACGAAGACAAGUGGAAGGAACAGGUAGACCUGGAACUGCGAGAAUUCCAGCUGCAGAUUUACGAGGCUGUAAAAGACGAUGGUUGGGAUGGCCGUGAGGUGGGAGACGAACCCCAGUGGUCGUUCGCCAGGUCUCUUUUGUUUGCGGUCACCUUGAUCACUACAAUAGGUUACGGGGAUAUCGCUCCCAAGUCGACGUGGGGUCGUGGCGUCACCAUUUUCUACGCCCUUGUUGGCAUUCCGCUGUUGAUGAUCUGCUUGGCGAAUACGGGGAAGCUCUUGGCGGGUUGUUUUCGAUUCCUCUACGCCUCGUUUUUGGAUUGCACGUGUAGCUGUGAUAAAGGCUGCAAAACAGACUGCGCCAAACGUCGUCAUGCCGAACGAAAGAAUAGCAGACGAAAUGUGGUCUACCAUAGGGGUGCUGAAAUGUUGGAUUCUAAUCAGAGAAUCAACGUAGUGGGAUUAGCACCGGAACUAAUGUCUGAAAGCGAGACUACACCAGAAGAGGAGACCGAGGAAAAGAUUUACGUUCCGAUUUGGAUCUGCCUUCUGAUCAUGGCGUUUUACACGUCACUCGGGGCUACGUUGUUCAGCUACUGGGAAAACUGGACCUACUUUGAAAGCUGUUACUUCUGUUUCGUCACUCUCAGCACCAUCGGUAUCGGAGACUUUGUUCCUGGUACUAGUGUGGAAUCUUGGCACAGUCAAGAGAAGAGAGUGAUUUGUGCGCUGUACCUUCUCUUCGGACUCACCCUACUGGCAAUGUGCUUCAAUCUCAUACAGGAUCACAUCCGGAAACUUACCCGGAAGAUCGGAAUUAACAUUCAUCUCCUCUAG